UUCACCACGGAGUUUUGCUGGGCAUGCGCAAACAGGAGGAACUUUCUCCAGUCCAGUUGGCAAACUGACGAAGUUGUCUUCGGAAACUUGAAGGCUCAAAACCCACUAUGACUUCGACAAACAUGUUUCAAGGGUUGGAUACUGGUACAAAACCAAGUUCAAGGGUGUUGCAGCCUCCUGGAGGUGGCUCCAGUAACCUGUUUGGUGGAUAUGAAGAUGACUCUGCAGCAUCAAGAAGACCUAAUAAGAUGGCCUCUAAAGUUUUUGCUCCAGCAGAGGAGUCCCAGUGUGUACCCAAACGCUCCAAUCCUCCAGGUCAGACCAGCUUGUCGGGGCUUGAUGUGCAGAGGCAGGCCAGUAAAAAACAGGGUGGGAAGACUAGCGGAAUAUUUGGGGAACCUGAACCUCCAGCUCGGCAACAGAGACCCAAACCUCCUGGUGGACCAUCCAGCAACAUAUUCGGUGCUGCGGAGAGUGCACCUGCUCAAAGCCAGAACCGAAGCCACCCAAAUAAGCCAAAGGACAAUCUAAGUGUGGGACCUGAAUCAUCACCAUCACUUGAAGCCAAGGUCAGCCAACCUGAAGGGAAGGUGGAAGCUGCCCCCCCAGCUCCCAUGCCAGCCAAAGAAGAGCCUGCUGUUGUCUCGGCCCCUCAAGAGCCUGAGCCCAAGCCCCAGUCCCCUUCUUUCUCUUCUUCACCUCCUGUUGAGAAAGAGGUGACUGGUGAGCUGAAGAACCACGAGCCUCAUCUUGGACCCAAGCCUCGCUCUCACAACAGGGUUCUCAACCCCCCUGGAGGAAAGUCUAGUGUGGUAUUCUACUGAUCAGCUGAACGCACCUCUACUCUUGUUUGUGUCCAUACGCGCCUUGUCUGCUCCCCUGUUAAUCUUCUUUCAUUCCAACACCCCACGGUUAUUUCACCUGUACAUCUAAACACAGAGCAGGAUUUUUUGUUCUUCUCACCAGAUUCCUAUUCAAAUAUGUUGUCCUCAACUUCAUGCACUUUGAGCCCUAUUUCUGGUUUCCAGCUCUUUGUCCAAUUCGUCAUAUUGUCCUUCAAUGAAACCUGCGAUCAUUCAAUCACCAAUCAACAGGCUCGCUAUUACCUAAUCACUUUAACUGUGACACUAUCAAUCUCAGUAUUGUGGUUACUAAUUUCACCGUUUGUUUGUAGAUGUAGUUUGGUUUAAGGCACAGUUUGUCAUUUUGAAAACGUUUUUGCAUCUCAAGUGUGGUUAAGACAUCCGAGUGCUUGUACAAUGUUCAGCUUUAAACAGUGAUUGAUGUGAAACGAAAAUCCUUGAGUAAAAAAAUCAGACAUUUGCUCAAAUUUCAAGGUGCUCAUUUUAAAUCCUUAAUGUGUCGGCCUUCAAUCAGAAGGGGGUGAAUAGAUCUUCUCACCAAUGUAUAAUGUUUCAGGGAGUUCCACUAGUGCCACCUUUUAUGUUGCUGGAUCCUGAUUGGAUGACUACAUAAAACCUGUCAAUUUUACUAAAUAAUAGUGUUGAACUCCUCAUGAAUUAUCCCUUCAUUUCAACGUGUCCAACAUUCAUGAUCUGCUUUCAGAACUCAAAGUCUGUUAAAGGAUAGAUGCCAAAAAUUUACUUUGAAACAAAGAUGAAUGCAAUUGUUGACUCCCAAAUGUUUCUGCUUCCUUAAAGAAAAUUCCAUUUUGAUUGUAUGCGGAUGUAUUGUGCAGGUACUUCUCUGCUUUGUCGUCAUUGCUUGCUUUAUCUGAGAACAUGCCUUUUUUGCUUGGGGUAGGCCUCUGUUUAUGUUUUAAAUUAAAACGGCUGAAGAUAAGUGAACUCUGGACCAGCGCGUGGCCUACCUGAGUCCAGGUGGGCUCAUUGAUAAUCACCUUUUCACUCACUUCACGAUGCACAUUCAUGGUAUUCUGGUGCCAGCCUGUCCCCAGUGUGUUGAUGUGCCUGGCAGGCAAUGAGCACAGCAGAAGAAGAUCCUGUGUAUUGCAAUAAAACUGUUUUGCAUUUAAA